GGUCCCCAUUUGUUCUUGAGUGUGCUCCCCCUCGUAGCCUGGCUUUCCCUUCCUUCAACUCCACUCAAGUGUGCUCCUAGAGCUACUUAAUCUUGAUCCCAAGCAACAAGACCUCUCCAAACCUCGAUCAGCUUCCUCUUUCUCACUCACUCACUCACACAAAGGCAUACUCCAUAGAGAGUUCUCAAAGAGACAGAGAGGGAGAUGCUGUACGAGGGGGGUUAGAUUUUGGAACAUGUCAAAUCACAGCAUUUGAUGCACCAGAAGAGCUGGAAGCAAGGGAUCAUAUCUGCUGCUUGACACAGAGGCACAUGUCCCUUUUGGUGGGUAAUGAUGGUGUGCAGGUGGAUGUGAUGAUAGAUUGCCUCAUCUGGGGACUGAGAUAUUCCAUCCAAGACCGCCCAGUGUCAUGCUGCCUCACAUUCACAGCUAUCGCCCCCUGGCUGCGCUGCAAUAUUCCAUUUGUUUGCUAAUGUCUUGUGUCAAGAUGCCUUGGAUAUGAGGAUGUCCUGUCACGGAAGCUGCAGCUGCGAGCCCAGAUGCUGCCGCUGCCGCUGCUGCUGGACGUCGUGCGCCCCUAUUAAACCCGCCAGGAGAUGCACGCCCUCCUCCUCCUCCUGCACCCCCUCAUGCUCCUCGCCUGCCACCACCGCCGACUCCGGCCGCCGCCGCCGCCGCUCAUCCGCGGGCUCGCGCCGGUGAAGAAGAAGCUGCAGCGGGGAGGAACCGUCGGAGCUAUGCUCGGCUCACUCCACCACCACCACCACCACCAUCACUCCUCCUCCUCCUCCGAUACCGACAACAACAAUGACAACAAGAACGGCAGCAACAGCAGCGGCGGCGUCCUCGCCGCGGCGGCGCCGUCCGCGCGGGACCUCGUGCUGGCCUGUGCCGACCUGCUCCAGCGCGGGGACCUCCCCGCCGCGCGCCGCGCCGCGGGGGUCCUUCUGUCCGCGGCGUCCCCGCGCGCCGACGCCGCCGACCGGCUCGCCUACCACUUCGCCCGCGCGCUCGCGCUCCGGGCGGACGCCAGGGCCGCUGCCGCCGCCGGCCGCGUCGCCCCGGGCCUGGUGUCCGCCGCCGCGCGGCCGGCGUCGUCGGGCGCCUACCUGGCCUUCAACCAGAUCGCGCCGUUCCUGCGCUUCGCGCACCUGACGGCGAACCAGGCGAUCCUCGACGCCGUCGAGGGCGCGCGCCGCAUCCACAUCCUCGACCUCGACGCCGCGCACGGCGUGCAGUGGCCGCCCCUCCUCCAGGCGAUCGCCGAGCGCGCCGACCCGGCGGCGGGCCCGCCGGAGGUCCGCAUCACCGGCGCCGGCGCCGACCGCGACACCCUCCUCCGCACCGGCAGCCGCCUCCGCGCCUUCGCCCGCUCCAUCCAGCUCCCCUUCCACUUCACGCCGCUCCUGCUCUCCUGCGCCGCCACCCACCACCACGAGGUCGCCGGCGGGAGCGCCACGACGGCUUCCAGCGCGGCCACGAGCCUGGAGCUCCACCCGGACGAGACGCUCGCCGUGAACUGCGUCAUGUUCCUGCACAAGCUGGGCGGGCAGGACGAGGUCGCCGCCUUCUUGAAGUGGGUGAAGGCUAUGGCCCCCGCCGUGGUGACCGUCGCGGAGAGGGAGAUGAUCGGCGGGGGCUACGACCGCAUCGACGACCUGCCCCAGCGGGCCGCCGUCGCCAUGGACCACUACUCGGCGGUGUUCGAGGCGCUCGAGGCGACCGUGCCACCGGGGAGCCGGGAGCGGCUGGCGGUGGAGCAGGAGGUGCUCGGCAGGGAGAUCGAGGCCUCGCUGGGGCCCGCCGGAGGGAGGUGGUGGCGCGGGCUAGAGCGGUGGGGAGCCGCGGCGCGCGCCGCCGGGUUCGCGGCGCGGCCGCUCAGCGCCUUUGCCGUGUCGCAGGCGCGGCUGCUGCUGCGGCUGCACUACCCGUCGGAGGGCUACCUCGUGCAGGAGGCGCGCGGCGCGUGCUUCCUCGGCUGGCAGACGCGGCCGCUGCUGUCCGUGUCGUCGUGGCAGUAGCCCACCGCCGCACCGGCUCUCCUUCUUCACCUGCUGCGUGCAUGUACUCAUGCCGCCGGCGGCGACGACGACGAAGACGGCCUAGGGUUUGCUCGCUCAUAGUCAUCAGUCAUCACUACGGCAUAUAUAGGGCUAGCGUAUAUAUAUGAGCAUUGCAUUUUGUUGCAAUAAUAUUGGUUUCUUGUUACCCUACUACUUAGUAAGAUUAUCUCAUGGUGGUUUUGGAGGA